GCGAGUCACCCAGGCUAGAACAUGAUCUCAUUCCUUGCCGGCUCCAAACACAUAUAAAAUGUGGAACUGAGGCCCGCAACCGUAGAGCACAGACAGUUGACACUGGUCAUUGACUGGAGAUUUGAGCUACCACAUAUACUUGACAAAUGAUGAUGGGUAUUCUACGAGUACAAGAGCUGGUUUCCGGCAAGAAAUGUGAGGGCAAAGAAUCUGGAGAUGUGCAGUCUUCAGAGGGAGAUUACGAGACAUCCAUCAACCAGGAGAAACAAGAGGACCUGAGAUCUCACAAGGACAGCCUGGCUGACACCGAUGCCCCCAUGAAUUUAAAUGUAGACAAAUCUGGCCAUCUGCGGUUAGAGACAAUUGAUGACCUCCAGAUUAUGCUGCAACUGAGGAAGUUGAGAAAGAGAGCGAGAAGAGUACAAGUUCACAAGCCACCACCCGCACCCGAGACUGUGCCUUACUAUGUGGAUGAGGUGGACUUUUUCAAGGCCUGCGAGGAGAACAAACUGCCAUUGAUCGAGAGGUAUCUGGAAAAAUCAGGAGACGUCAAUGCUUGUGACAAUUUCAGACGUACAGGCCUGCACAGAGCUUGCACACAGGGACAUGUGGUCAUUGUGAAGAGGCUAUUGGAGGCUGGAGCUUUAAUUGAGAACAAAGACAUGCUGGAUACCACUGCUGUCCAUUGUGCCUGCCGAGGAGGAAGCAUGCUUGUGUUAGAAGUGCUGCUCAACCACGAUGGCAGCUUCUCUGCCAGGGAUAAGCUACGCAGCACUCCCCUUCACGUUGCAGUGAGAACCGGACACUAUGAAUGCGCUGAACAUCUCGUCCACUGUGGAGCGGACAUCAAUGCCAAAGACAGAGAAGGAGAUACCCCCAUGCACGAUGCAGUAAGACUGAACAGAUUCAAAAUCAUCCAACUACUUCUGCUUCAUGGAGCCAAUCCAAAACUCAAGAAUUGCGAGGGGAAGUCACCAUUGGAUAGCACUCUGGAGUGGCAGAGUGGGGCUAAAUCCAUUCUCAGCAACUUCAAGGAUGAUGCAAAAACUCCAGUCAAGCAGCUUAUUGGAGGUCGGAGAUGUUCAAGAAGGUUGAAAAGGUUGACAAAUAACUAUAUGGGGAAAGAGAAAGUUUGGAAAUUGUAGUUGUGACUUGACUUAUGACAUCAGCAUGACU